CUGCCGUGGCGUGCCAUGAUAUCACCUAACCAAAAAAUAUAUUUAUGAAUUCUUUAAUAACAGAAAACGUUAUUUAUGAAGUGAUUUAACUUCCGGGAUAAUUUCAGAAGCAGCGUAAGGCGUAAGAUUCCAACUGACUGUGUUUCCUGGUCGGAGCAGUGAACUUGAUGGCAAUGAUACAUUUUGCACGAAUUUUAUCUAAUGGAGCGUCAAGGCGUACUACUCGAGCAUCAGCUGGAAUCACGACUCAACAACUGUUGACAGCUAGUUCGACCGCAGCGAUUCCCAAUCCUGUACUGCCUAAGAAAAGUGAAAAGUCUACGAACAGAACAAAAAUAGCCGCAUCAACAUCAGCUGAGGGUAGUGAGUCAACGAUAAGUACCUUCAUGGACAUUAUAAACAAGUCAAGAAAAUCUACCACUGCUUCCCAAAUGUUGACUUCAAGUUCAGACACAAUAAUUGACAACUUAUUAAAUCUUACGAGCGACAUUAAAUUGUCAAAAGAAAAGGCCUCAGAAACGUUAUCGAAGCUUAAGCAAUGGGCAGAGCAGAACAAUAUUUCUAUGGUUAAGUACGAAAAGGAUGAAAGAUAUAAAAAACUUUAUAGAGCGACAAAGCAUACAGAGAAAAAAAGUAAAGUAGUGAACGUAAUUGAGAGCGAUAGAAUGGAAAUGAUAAAUCAUCUGUCUCUUGCCGAUAGUAUAGACCAUUUGACGGAUAAUGAACUUGCUGCGUUACAAGUAUCUGAAAUGAUUCAGCUUCUGGAGGCACUGGCUCAAAAAAGAAGGAGGCCCGUACCGCUACUUAAAGCCAUGACUUCUAAUUUGACGAGGAGACUUAAGGAUUCAGAGCUUGAUAUUAAGAGGCUAAGUGAUUUGCUUUACAGCAUAAGCAUUUUAAACUUUCCCGAAGAGCCUCUAUUGGACCAGAUAUGUAUAAAAUUGCGGGAUAUGAUAAAGGACAACAAAAACAGUGCAGUUAUUGGUUCAAUUUUCACAUCAUUGGGUCAGCUACGUUAUAAGAAUGAGACAUUAUUGACGGCACUGUAUGAUUGGAUGCUAGAAAAUACCGAUAUCAUUAGGCCACGGGAUCUCACUGCCUGUGUGUUAACAGUGGCAACGUUGGGACACAUUUCCAAUUCUUCUAUUAAUAUUUUCAAACAAAUAGUGAAACCAAUAGGAGAAGUUAAUUUAACAAAGUCAGAUAAUUGGUUGGACAUUGUUUGGUCUGCAGCAAUAUUAGAACAAGUAACGGAAGAGCAGGUUUCAUCGGUCUUGAAUAAACAAUAUAUUGAAAGAUUAGAAGUCUCACGAGGUGUUGCUGUACCAAAAAAAUUUAAGCUGUUGCAAGUCAACGCUUAUGCUCAACUAAUUAUGAAAAAUUAUCAAGGUCCAUUAUUAGACAAGAAUUCAGAAAUAUUUUCUGUGUCGCUUGAAAGAGCGAAAGAGAAAAUCCUACUUGCAGAAGCAUUAUUUGAUGCAUUAAAUAGAUUACUGCCGUCAUCAUCGUAUCUUAAUAAAAAUAUCAAUACAGGCAUGGGUCUACUGUUAGAUGCCGAAUUCUAUAUGGAUUCAGAAGGUAAUCCAGUUCUCGUUAAGAAUCAAAAUGAGACUAGCCCAAAUUUGAUUAAGGUGGCAGCAGUGAUACAGAACUAUCACGAUACUUGUAAGGGAAAGCAAGAUCCCGUUGGACUAUUCACCUUGUUUAUUAAAUUAUUAAAACAAAAAGGCUACGAAGUCCUUGUUAUUCCGUAUACGGAAUUCAAAUCAACCGAUACUUUAGUGGAACGAAUAAAAUAUAUUAGUAAAAGGUUAAAAUCUAUAGCAAAGAAACCAGCCACGUAGUUUACUGUAUCCUGGUCUUGUAAAAUUAAUAAAGUACAUCGAUGACGUUUGAACGUAAUGUCGAUGAAAAUAAUUGUA